GUAGUUUUAGUAAAUAAAUUAUUCAAACAAUUUUUAUUUUUAUCACUGAGAUACCACACUUUUUUCAUCGCCUCAGAGUAAGGCUGACGUAUAGUGGAUGAUAAGAUGGCCGGUGUAAAUGUAGAAAUUAAUGAAAAUUUGGUAAAAGAGAGAAGCAAAUGUACUUUCAACGUGAAGGAACUUACUCAUAUUUUUGAUGGAGGUGAAAAAUUGACACAGGAAAGGAAACGAUUGGUAAACGCAAUACUCAGCGUCAAAGAGUUGCAAGAUGAGGUGUCAGAGUUGUACCUGAGUUACAAUGAGCGGUACGAGAAUGUGGUCCGAAAGGGCAUCCUGCUACACAGUGUGCUAAAAGAAAGCAAGGAUAAAUAUGGGGAGCCGGACCCCAGAAUACUUCGUCGCGCGCAAGGUAUGGUGUUCAGAGACAUGUCGCCAUUUUUACUCCACUUGGGCAUGUUCAUCCUCACUAUCGAGGGUCAAGGCACACCGGAGCAACAGAGCGAGUGGCUGCCCAAAGCUCAUUCAAUGCAAAUCAUUGGGAGUUAUGCCCAGACAGAACUUGGCCAUGGCACGUUCCUCCGAGGCUUAGAGACGACGGCCACCUACGACGCUAGCACCGAGGAGUUCAUCCUGAACAGCCCGAAGCUGACGUCAUACAAGUGGUGGCCUGGCGGACUGGGAUCAACCAUAAACCAUUGCAUAAUAGCAGCGCAGUUGCACAUAAACGGGAAGAACCAUGGAAUCCACAUGUUCAUGGUGCAAAUACGCGACCUGGAAACCCACUUGCCUCUCCCAGGAAUCAAAGUCGGGGAAAUUGGCCCGAAGUUGGGAUUCCAGACUGUCAACAACGGGUUUUUGGGCUUCAAUAACUUCAGGAUUCCAAGGAAAAAUAUGCUGAUGAAAAAUUCGCAAGUGUUGAAGGACGGGACCUAUAUCAAAGGGCCGAAUGACAAGCUGACCUACGGCACCAUGGUCAGGGUACGGGUGAACAUAUUGUCCGACGUGGCUCUCUACGUCGCCAAGGCUGCCACCAUUGCUGUUAGAUACUCUGCGGUCAGGCACCAGUCACAAUUGAAAGCCAAAGAACCUGAAACACAGAUCCUGGACUAUUUGACACAACAGCACAAGCUGUUCAUCGCCAUAGCGACCAGCCACGCUUACGUGAGCACCUACGCCUGGAUGAUAAAAAAAUAUUUUAACGUGGUCGAAGACCUGGGAAAGGGCAAGUUAGACCAUUUGCCUGAGCUCCAUGCUUUGACUUGCUGCCUCAAGGCGACUUCAUCUCGAGACGGCGCUACAUUGGUGGAGCAGUGCCGUCUAGCUUGCGGUGGCCACGGUUACAUGGCCUCCUCUAACCUGCCUAUCCUGUACGGUCUAGCCACCGCCACCGUUACCUACGAGGGCGAGCAUACCGUUGUACUUCUGCAGACUGCUAGAUACUUAAUGAAAGCGUGGACUGCAGCUCUACAAGGGAAAGUGUUAGCACCAAGUGUUUCUUAUUUAGCAGACGGCAUGAAAUUUAAGAACCAAAUGUGGCAGAAUACACCAGAGGGAAUCAUCGAGGGUCUGCACCACGUGGCAGCAGGCAAAAUUAAGGAUGCUUUUGAUGUUAUUCAAAAGCACGUAAAGGCUGGCAAUGACUAUGAGGAUGCUUGGAAUUUGGCGUCCGUACAACUCAUCAAGGCUAGUGAGGCUCAUUCCCGGGCGAUCCUAUGCGAUGGGUACUGGAGGGAAACUAUUCGAAAUUCCAUGACCGCGUCUACGGGCGUAGCUUCUGUGUUGGGCUACUUGGCCCAGCUCUAUAUUGUCUACUGGGGGCUAGAGACAUCUGGAGAUUUAUUGAUGUACUCGAACAUAUCCAGAGAGGAUGUCACCGUUCUUAAAGAAAAAUACGAGGUGCUAUUGACUUUGAUCAGGCCAAAUGCUGUGGCACUCGUAGACGCAUUCGACUUUUAUGACCAGGAUUUGCAUUCAACUCUGGGGUCGUAUGACGGUCGGGUGUACGAGAGGCUGAUGGAAGAUGCCCUGAAGAGUCCUCUGAACAAGGAGCCCGUCAACCAGUCCUUCCACAAGUACCUCAAGCCUUUCAUCAAGAGUUCCAAGCUUUAAAAUUGUUUUAAGUGAUUCUAUAGAGGUGCAACACCACGCACCUUCGUUAACUUUUAAGUAUAAAUUUUAAUAAAACAUCAAUACUUUUUUCUGUUAUUAUUAUAUAAACGCAUUUUAUUAUUUUUCAAAAGAAAACUUUUGUAUAAAUUGUAUUUUGUAUAAUUAUGUGAAACGUUUUCCUGAAACAGUUUUAAAUUCUAGGUAAAAUGGUGUUUUACAUAAUUAUGGAUUUUAACUUAGGUACCUAGGCGAUAUGGUCCAUUGAGAGGUGCGAAGGAAAAGAAUUUAGCAGAUAAAUAUUUAUGUAAAUAUCAAUGAUUAUAAGUUAGUAAAUUAGUAUUUAUAAAUAUCA